AUGGCCAGGAGGUCUUCACCCGCCCUCCAAGCAGGCCUGGCCUGCUCCCACACAGCUGGCUUAAAGGGCAGUGGCUUUUUUGGGCUCAGCCAGGUCUCGGGUUACCCCUUGAGGCAAGCAGACCCCAGCUGGGCCCCGUCCUCCCGCCUGACCCCGUGCCGGGAAGCGGCCUACUACUGCCGUGAUCAACCACAGGAGGCAGCUGUUCUAGGGGAGAGACUGGGCCUGGGGCAGGCGCAGAGCCCAGGUGCCGUCAGCCAGCUGUCUGGGAGGAAGGAGCCCUGGUGUGUGGCGUUUGCCGACUGUGUGGUGUCAACAUUCCCCUGCGCCGAUGCCCAGGAACUUCUAAGUGGGAGGCCAGAGCCAGCAGCACCUGACAGUGCCCCUCCAUCACCCGCUCGCCUGCCCACAAGAGUCCCCAUGUGUCCUGGCUGCACCUCCUGCCCCUUGCUCUCCAGUCCUCUUGACUGGCACAGCCUUGGGUGGCCCACUUCCGUACCUAAGGCAGACCCAGAACCUGGGAAUGACUGGAGUGAGGCCGGGGGCCUCUGCCUGGACAGUGGGCACAGGUUUGGUGUGGCUCUGUCCCAGGCCCUCCAGAGCCUUGCCUCUGACCAUGAAGCCCCAGGCCUGGGCCUGGACAAAAGGGCGAAUCAUGCCGAAUCCAGAACACUAGGUGGGGGCGGCAAGCAGCAGAGAGCCCUUGUCCCAGUGGCAUUAAACUUCCAGGUCUAAUGUAAAGGAAAAUGUACAUUUUAGGAAGGCACUGUGAUGUAGUAAUACUAUUUAAGGCAGAAAGCAUGGGAACCCCACACUCAGGACAAAGGGCAGCAGCCGGUGUGGCCCUGAGGUGCCCGGGAGGUCGCGGCUGCUUUGGGCUGUGGGCUGAUGGAUGUGUAUUGCACUUCUUAAAAUAAGUCAAGUGGUC